CUAUUUUUUUCCCAGAGUUGAAAAACAAGAAAAACUUAAUGAGAAAAACUUACACUUGAAAGGUAUUGGUUAACUGUAAGAAACUCAUUUUCAAUUAGCUAUGUGUUAGAACACAGAACAGUGCUCUUCAUACCAUUUUUGACAGAAAGAAGCGGCCAGAUAAAAAUUAUGGUGUAAAUAACAUCUCUGAGGUGGUUAGUGAACAUUUAAGAUAAAGAAGAUAAAUAACAGUCUUGUUAUAAACAAAUCGUGGAUGGUUGGACUGGAUGAUCUUAUAGGUCUUUUCCAACCUUAGUGAUUCUGUCAUUCUGUAACACUUUCGUGUUAUGCUCUAGGAGGAAAAUUUUGAAUUUGCAAACGCUUGCUCAUUCAUUGCUCUGGCUAAAACAUCCUUCAUUUUGCAAAGUGCGCAUUUUAUGAAUUAAUAAAAAACACAGCCUAAUAUAUGCAAUUAGUUAACUAAACUGUGGCCUCUCUGGUCUCUUAAGAGAUUAUAUGAGGGACUAACAGGUUGUCACAAUAACGCUCCUCUUUUUCACGUUACUAUUGUAAAGCACCUAAGCUAAGCUUACAAAAUGAGAUCAGAAGAAUUCUAAGAGUACUUUGAGAAACACAGCACAAACUGAAUGGGAGCAGUUGAAGAGAACCUGACACGUAAAGUGUCACGUCACGACUGGAGAACCUUCUACAGACUGAAAUCAUAUCUACUAGUGACCUUUUCCAUGUAUUUCUCCUUUUAUCCAUCUACAUAUUAUCUGUUAUCUGUGCCAUCUAGGAUUUCCAUCUCUUCCACUGAGAGUUCUGUAUUGCUUUUUUCAAUCUUUCCAGACAGCAUCUCCUAUUUAACAGCGGUGCCUUUACUUCAUCCUUUCCUGGAAGGGUUCCUUACUGCACUUUUGUUCUGUAAUUCCCACCAACUUUUCAUGCUAAAGAGCUGUUCACAUGGUUCACUAUUAUCCACCAUGAAAGAGUUUACAUAUGCAUUCCUUAGCUGCUUAUGAAUUUGUACCUUUGGUUUUCUGAGAGGUAACUGAUCUAGUCUAUUGACCAUAAAAGCAAAACAAAAGCUCAGCUCUAUGUAGGAAAGCGUGUGUGCUCCUAUACGCAUACUGUGAUUCUUAAGAGAUCUUUCUGUGUCAUUUCUGUUCUUGCUUUCUUGUUGGGUCUUGGUGCCAGCUGCUCUAAAGCACAAGGCAGAAAGUUCUUCUUAACUCCUAUUACGUGUGGUUUCUUUUCUCGCUGCUAGAUACGAUGUCACAACUGAAGUAUUAUCAGUAAUAUUUCUGUUCUUUUUUUUUUUUUUUUAGGCACUGUUUAAGAAGAAGCAAAAGGAAGAGGAGAUCAAAAAGAUGAAAGAUGAAAUACUUCAGCUCACAGAAGAUACUGCUGCAAGAAUUAGAAAGGCGGUAGACUCUGCAAAGAAACAAUACAAUGUGCAGAUCUCUCAAUUAACAGAAGAACUUUUAGCUCUCCAUAUGGAAUGUGGCGAAAAGCAGGGUCAAAUAGAACGAGCCGUUAGAGAAAAGCGGGCAGUGGAAGAAGAACUUGAAAGGAUUUGCAGAGAAUAUGGAGGACAUGAAUCUGACAGUAGAAAACUAGAGCAACUGCAUCAGAAAUAUCUACUUGCAGAGACUACAAAAUGUGACCUUCAGCUGAGUCUGCAGACAACACAACAUAAACUGAAACUGCUGGAAAUGAGCUUUGAGGAAGAGAAAUCUAAUUACCAGAAAAAUAUCUGUAACUUGCAAAGCAUUCUGGAUUCAGAAAGAGAAAAGAGCGGCUCCAUCGGUGAACAGAGGUUAAAGCUUCAGCAAGAGAAUGAACAAUUGCAAAAAGAAAUUGAAAGCUUGAAAAAACUGGCCUCAGAAGUACAGCAACAAGCCAAAAUAAAGAUAAGCACUAUGGAACAUGAGCAUGCUGUGAAAGAGCAUGGAUAUGAAGUUCGUCUUAAAGAAAUGGAGGACGUCAGUCGAAAGUCUACUGCUGAACUUAGACAUCUGUUGACAGCUCAGCAAAGAGCAACAAAUAGAUGGAAAGAGGAAACAAAAGUGCUUACUGAAACUACAGAAGCUAGGAUCAAUAAGUUAAAAAGUGAUCUGAGUCAACAAAAACUUCGUAAUCAGGAACUUAUUGCUCAGCUGGAAAUGGCAAAAAAUAAAGUAAUUGAGGAUGAAAAACUAAUGACGGAAUAUCAAAAACAUGUCAAUAGGCUUCAAAUGCGACUAAGCCAGGCAGAGCAGAGGGCAGCUACAGCAUCACAAGAGCUCAGCACGUUAACUACAUGGAAGAAAAAGGCUACUUCUCUGAGGGAACUAGAAAAAAUUUAAGAUGAACUACUAAUAAUAUUCACACCAUAUUGGGGGUAACAAAGAAGGCUGGCUGAAGAUACGUACUGGCUCUAUUUGCAUGGUGGAGAUCAGAGGAAUGCAAACUGAUGUAAUUCAAGCCCUUUAAUGCAGCAGAUGAAAAGGCUGAUACGGUGCUGUGGUGUGUUAUCAGUUUUAGUCUUUAAAAAAACUUGUUACGUCCAACUGUGACAAAAUUGUUUACAGGGAAUAGAGUCCAUUCUCUUGAAAUUCUGAAACAAAUUGUUCAUAUACGUUUGAUAUUUCUUUUCGUUUUGUAGAGCAGUAACUUGGGAACAUUUUCAAGAUCUUACAUGAAUUGUAGUAAGACAGUAAUAAAUAUCAUGAGUGUCAAAUAGUUCUUAUUGUAGGUGCUACAACUGGGAAAUGCCUCUAUUGCCUUUCAUUGUUAAUAAUUCAGUUUGCUAUGUCUCUGGGAAAACAGUGUUGCUACAGCUAUUCUCACAGCUAGUGUUUAAGGACCCUCACCUUUCUUCAGUUCUGCUUCCCCCUCCCCCCAUUACAGUUUUGCAAUUGUUCCUUGCUUUUCUACUUGGAACUUCAGUUCUCAAUUCAAUUUGCACAAAACUGGUCAUCCAGCUUUUUUUUAUGAGUGUGUUGGAAUUCUACAAAUGCCAGUAUGUGGGAAUCCUUGAUAGAUGAGAAACUUCUAAAAUUAUAGUUUAAUUCUGUUUUCUAUUUCAUUGUAGAUAAUAAACAUUUCAUAUGUGUAACUCAUUUUGACCGAUUUUGGACUAAAGUUUUCUUGUCAUUUCUCUUAAAUAUGAAGAGCACAAUUUUGUUGUAAGACUUCUAAUUCAGCUGAUACAUAAUGCUUACCCUGCUUAGCCAGUGCUUGUUGAAAAGUGUUGUUAUGGGCAAACAAAGUUCAGGAGUCUGUCAAGACUGUCUUGAUUGCAUUUGCAUUUUAGAGGACAAACACAGGUUGACCACCAGACAGAAGUGGGUUUGUGGCACCUCCUGAAAAGCUUGUUUGUCUGUUAACAAAGAGCCUGCAAGAUGGAGGCAACCUGAAGGAAAAUUUCUGCUUACCUCAGAGGAAUCAACUGUUUCUACAAUUGCACGUGCAAUGGCACAUUGCUCACAAACCGGCUGUUGGAAGAUGAGGUGCUUGCUGAAACAAUCUGGACUUGAGGUUUGCUGGUUAGAUGCAUUCUACACUUUCCCUUGUGAUACCAGAUUACUUAGUGGAAUUGAACAAUGGCCUUUUUGAACAUGUCUUGCUUGGCUUGCAUUUGUUUAUGUAUUUCUUGCCACACUGCCUUUGAAAAGCCUUUUCUAUUGCCUUCCUUUCCCUCCCUACCACUAGUUUUUGAGUGUUUGAAAAAAUCUUGGGAGAAGCAUAUCAUCCACGUGAUGAUGACAUGCCUCUCACUAAGCAAUAAGUGCUACAGCAACUACCAGUGUCUAGAAGCAUUGCUUCAAUACUGGCCAGUACAUUCACAGUGUGAAUGUAUAUUGUCUGCUAAUUAUGAAGAGUCACAGGUAAGAAGCCUUAGUUGCUCUUCAUUGGAAUCUUCAUGGAGAUUUUAGACUUUGGAAGGAUACUGUAUAUUAAAGAAAUGAAAAUCUUGGACAUAAGCAACUGGCACAUUCCACCCAUGAGGGAAGGAGUGACCAAAGUUGCAAAUCCUCCCAUUAGAUUAAGGUGAAACGACAUUCAAGAUCCAUACAUGCAAUGAAAAUCGAUCAGCUUCAGUAGUUGAUAAGACAGUUAUCCUAUACAUGUUGGCCCUCUCACAAUAAAAUACACCUAAGAUGUGCUGUUUCAUAUGAAA